CCCCCCCCCCCCCCCCCCCCCCCCCCCCCCCCCCCCCCCCCCCCCCCCCCCCCCCCCCCCCCCCCCCCCCCCCCCCCCCCCCCCCCCGCGCCCCCCCCCAGUACUGAUAAGAGGAUUAUAUUAUUUGAAAGUGAAACUAAAUAUUUUUUUAUCUUUUCAGGUAUAUCAUCUACGAUAAAGGAUUAUCAUUUACCGGUAAUUCGUCGUUAUUUUCUUAAUGAUUUAUUACCCAAAUAUAAAUUACACGAAUAUUAUACAAUAAAUGUUGAAAAAACGGUAGAAGAAUUUCGAAAAUUAUUAUCAACACUAGAAUGUCCACUUGUACCUUAUAGUGAAGAAGAUCAUUUAAUUCAAAUUAAACAUGGAAAUUAUGAACGAUUGAAAUCAACAGUUGAUUUAAACUUGGCUGCUCAAGUUUAUUAUUAUAAACGUUCUGGUCCAUCAUCGAGUGACGAUAUCGAACAAGCAUGUGAAUCACUCUGUGAUCGCCUCGCCUAUUUAAACCAUAUAAUUUAUGAUAAAAUUCAAGAGCAUUUAGUUCGAGCUGUGGACAAUACAUUGGCUGCAUGCCGAUAUCAUUUUUUUGCCUACGACGGUCCAAAUUUUGAACGUAUCACAUUGCAAACACCGUUUGUUGGCAAUUAUUUUGCUUAUCCAAAUGGUGAAUUUAAACAUCCAGAUGAAAUUCAAAAACUAAUUGAAACGGAUGCUACAUAUCAGUCGUAUUGUAUGGCGCACAAUGGAUGGGUAAUGAAUGAUGAUCCAUUAAGAAAUUUUGCCGAAGAAGGUCAAGAUGUUUAUUUACGGCGAGAUUUAUUGCAAUGGUCGGAUAUUAUUAAAUUAAGAUUUGGGCAAAAAUAUGAAGAUUCACCGGCAUUAUGGGAUUAUAUGAAAGAAUACACAAGAUUAGUAGCAACAACGUUUCACGGAGCAAGAUUAGAUAAUUGUCAUUCAACACCAUUGGUUGUAGCGCAGACAUUGAUGGAUUAUGCUCGAGAAUUAAAUCCAGAAUUUUAUAUAUUAGCAGAAUUAUUUACGGGUAGUGAUCAAACAGACAUAUUAUUUGUAAACAAAUUAGGCAUCAAUUCACUUGUCAGAGGCCGUUUAACUGCUCGUUUUGGUGGUGAUCCAAUCGGUUCAUUUUUUCAACCAUCUAUUCGUCCAAUAUUACCGCAAAUGACACAUUCGUUUUAUUAUGAUCAAACCCACGAUAAUCCGUGCCCCAUCGAACGUCGCAGUGUGCAAGAUGUGCUACCUCGUUCGGCUUGUGUAGCAAUGUCAUGUUGUGCCAAUGGAUCAAACAGAGGCUACGAUGAACUUGUACCUCAUCAUAUUGAUGUUGUUCACGAGCGACGUUUCUAUCCUAAAGGAGGCAAUGGCGAACAAGAGUCAAAUGAAUCAACUGGUUUGAUACCGGCGAAGUUAAUAUUCAAUAAAUUACAUUAUACAUUAUGUAGGAAAGGUUAUGAUCAGAUGUUUGUUGACCAACUUUCAACCGCGGUACUAGUUAUAACUCGUCAUAAUCCACAUAACCAUCAAUCUUUGAUUCUUGUUGCGCAUACAGCAUUUUGGCAACCAAAAGAUACUUGGGAACAAAUUAAACCAUUGUAUAUUAAUGGUCAUAUCGACGAAGUUUUGUAUGAAAUGACUAUAUCUCAUCCAAAUGGUGCUGCCGCUGUCAAGAAUUUUGAACGUUCAAAAUCCUAUAUCAAUGGUUUACAACAAGUAGCAAUACAGAUUCAUGAACAUCUACCCGUUGAUCAAAGUCAGUGUGUUAAUUUGCGUUCGUCAAAUCGACGAGAAGACAAUAAUGAUCGUCAUAUUACAUUUGAUAAACAUUUUCCACCUGGUACUGUAAUUUGUUUUAAAGUAUCGUUACUUCAAAAUGUGCAAAAUGCCAUUUUUGAAAUACGAAAAAGUUUAAAUGAAUUUACAACUGGAAAUUUUACAAGUGAAUUUCAACAAAUUGUUAAUAAGUUAACAUUGCUCGAUUUAAAUCGUGUACUGUAUCGUAAUUCAAGUGAAGAACAAGCUGAUGGAUUCGGAAUUGAUGUUUAUGAAAUACCGGAAUAUGGUAAACUAGUUUAUUGUGGUUUACAAGGUUUUAUGUCUGUAUUAGAAAAAAUUCGUUUAUCAAAUGAACUGAAACAUCCGCUAUGUCGACAUUUAAAAGAUGGUCAUUGGUGCUUAGAUUAUAUUUCAUCUCGUCUAAUAAAACAUCGUGGUACACAAGCAAUUGGUCAAUGGUAUGAAAAAUGCUUUCGACAGUUGAAACGUUUACCAAAACAUUUGGUACCCGUUUAUUUUGAUUUAAUUAUCACUGGAUCAUAUACUGUUUUAAUUGAACAUGCAUGGAAAUUAAUGGGAUCAUUUGUACAAAAUGGUUCAACAUUUGUAAGAGCUCUCUCAAUGGCUAGUGUCAUACUUUGUGGAUUAGUUAAAAACGCACAGCUACCAGCAUUAUCACCAAAUUUAAAAGAACCUAAACCAAUUGAAUUAACCGAUGAUCAAACACAAUUAAAAUAUCCAUUAUGUCCAACAUUGGGUGCUGGUUUACCUCACUUUUCAGCUGGUGUGUGGCGAAAUUGGGGACGAGAUACAUUUAUUGCAUUAAGAGGACUCAUGUUAGUAACGGGAAGAUUUCAAGAAGCGAGAUAUUUAAUACUCGGGUACGGUCAAUGUUUACGUCAUGGUCUCAUACCCAAUUUAUUAGGUGAUGGUCGUAUAGCACGUUACAAUUCAAGAGACGCUGUUUGGUGGUGGUUAUAUUCGAUUGGAGAAUAUAUUCGUAUGUCACCUCAUGGAAGCGAAAUUUUAGAAGAUAAAGUUAGUCGUUUGUAUCCGACACAUGAUUCACAACCACAGCCACCUGGUUUAUAUGAUCAACCUUUACAUGCUGUUAUACAAGAGGCCCUAUUAAGACAUGCACAAUCGUUGACAUACCGUGAACGUGAUGCUGGCUUCAAUUUAGAUAUGGAUAUGUCAGAUGAAGGAUUUAAUAAUCAACUUGGAGUGGACUUUGAAACCGGUUUUGUUUAUGGUGGAAAUGUGCACAAUUGUGGGACGUGGAUGGACAAAAUGGGAUCGAGUGAUAAAGCUGGAAACAAAGGAAAACCCGGUUCACCUCGUGAUGGUUCAGCUGUUGAAUUAGUCGGUUUGUGUCGUGCCACACUUAAAUGGCUCAUUGAAGAAAAUAAAAAAGGUCAUUAUCCGUAUGACGGUGUUAAAAUUUCCAUAUCCACUUCUCAGUCGUCAAUAGCUUCAUCGUCGAUCAAUGAAAUUAAAUUUCAAGAAUGGAUGGAUAAAAUCGAUUCAAAUUUUGAAAAUUUUUUUUGGAUUAAUGAACUCGAUCAAUCAAGCCAUUUUAUUUAUCGUCGACAGAUCUAUAAAGAUACAGUGAAUUCAACGUUACAAUGGACUGAUUAUCAAUUGAGACCAAAUUGGUUGGUAACAUGUGUCGUAGCACCGGAAAUGUUUAAAGCUGAUCAUAUUUGGCAAGCAUUGAAACAGAUUGAUAGUAUUCUAGUCGGAAAAUAUGGAAUUAAAACGUUAGAUCCCAGUGAUUUGAAUUAUGUUGGUGAUUAUGUGAAUGAUGAUGAUUCAUCGGAUUUUAAACGUGCACAUGGUUAUAAUUAUCACAAUGGACCAGAAUGGUUAUGGUUAAUGGGUUAUUAUUGUCGAGCAAAAUUAUACUGGGCAUCUGUGCUAGAAAAAGACUCAACAAUAAAAGGAAUAUUGAAACAAACGAUUAAACACGUUCAAGAUAUUUUAACUGCCCAUCAACAACUCAUUUUAGCGACAGAUUGGAAAGGUUUACCCGAAUUGACUAAUGCCAAUGGACAACAUUGUUUAUAUUCAUGUGAAAUUCAAGCAUGGAGUAUGUCAACAUUACUGGAAACAAUGUACGAUUUGGAUCAUUUGCAUUUAUAA